CUUGCAAUACAUCUAGUCCAUCCGAGCAGUGUGGCAGUGUGCUAGCUCAAGAGUGGGCCAUGAAGCCUACAGAAUCUGAAACGACAGAUGGGGCACCUUAACGACCAAUGUUCUUCAACACCGGCCCAAGCAGCAGGAUCGUGGGCUUGGGGAGAUGUCGACUAUCACUGCCUAAGGCCUGCAAAGCACAAAUGGAGACGGACGUAUUGGCCCCAUCAGUACUCCGUCGUCCAUACUAGUGAGUAUCUAGUGUGUUCUCGACACGGAGACGGACGAGCCGCAGUAAACCCCGAGCUUUUGCCACGAGGUGACAGCAAUCAAUCAAUCAAUCAAUCAAUCAAUCAAUCAAUUCUUCCUCCGCAAUCACCCGUGCGAAGGAAGGCAGCUGCCUGCCUACUCCCAGCUAGCAGCAGCCCGAUAGAGUGGAUAACCCGACCCACUACCACACAACUGAUGUCCGAAGGAGUUGACGUAACUCGGACUCACAAGGGUUCAUUUAAUCUACUGACCGGGCCAAUUAGUCCCCAAUACACUCGUACAAGAAGUCAUUCGAUUGAUUGCUCAAUGGAUUGAUUGCCGGAAUGAGGUCGGCAGAACUAUGUCCGUUCCGGACAGUCCGCGGAGUUCGGACAGUACAUUCACCGUCCCCGAGACAUUUGACGAAAUGGGUUUCCAAUGAUUCCUCAAUAUUCUCGCAAACAGAUACUACUAGUCUUAGGCGGCCAUAGUUACCCGUGGCUCUCGUCAACACCUUAUUCUAGGAUUGGAAAUCACAUCUUAGGUAUGCACAAUACUGCUCGCAUUGAACCUCUUUGCUACCGGUUACCAUUCUGGUUUGAUAC